CGGGUUCCCACCUCGGGCCACUGGAAGGAGUGCCCAUGGGUCUCCUCGGCCCGCCCAGCGCUCCGCCCACUUUCCCGGAGGUGGCCCUGCUGUUCCAGCGUCCUGGAGGCUUCGCUGCCAGGGGCCAGAUCCACCCGGACACUUAAAGACUCACUGCCCACUGAGCAGGAAACCUCUGGCCCCUGAAACAAUGGAUAAAUUUGACCUGAUUAAGAUCAUCGGGGAAGGCACCUUUGGGAAAGUAUACUUGGCAAAAUAUAAAACAGAAAGCAAUCACUGCGUCAUAAAAGAGAUCAAUUUUACAAAGGAAAAAGAUGCUUCACAGAAAGAAGUGAUUCUUCUGGCUCAGAUGAAGCAUCCCAACAUUGUAACCUUCUUCAGUUCCUUUCAAGAGAACAGCAGGCUGUUUAUUGUAAUGGAGUACUGUGAUGGAGGGGAUCUCAUGCAAAGGAUCCAGAGGCAGAGGGGAGAGUUAUUCAGUGAAGACCAGAUCCUGGGCUGGUUUGUGCAGAUUUCUCUAGGACUGAAGCAUAUUCACGACAGGAAGAUCUUGCACAGGGACAUAAAGUCUCAGAACAUCUUUCUUAGCAAGAAUGGAAAGGUGGCAAAGCUUGGGGACUUUGGAACAGCAAGGGCACUGAAUAAUUCCAUGGAACUUGCUCAGACGUGUGCUGGGACACCUUACUACCUGUCCCCAGAGAUCUGUCAGAACAGACCAUACAACAACAAAACGGAUAUUUGGUCUCUCGGGUGUGUCUUAUAUGAGCUCUGCACACUCAAGCAUCCUUUUGAGAGUAACAACUUACACCAUCUGGUUCUGAAGAUUUGUCAAGCACGUGUUGCUCCUAUAUCACCCCACUUUUCUCUUGACCUACAGUCCUUGAUACCUCAGCUCUUUAAAGUGUCUCCUCAGGAUCGACCAUCUAUUAAUUCUCUUUUGAAAAGGCCUUUUUUAGAAACUCUUAUUGCCCGAUACAUGUCUCCUGAGGUCCAUUCAAGAAAAAUUCAGCCCCAUGCUCAUGUGCAGAAUGCUGCUAUUCGCCUCACAACUCACUGGGGAGGUAGUCCAUGGUCUGCUGCGUAUCUUCAGAGGAGAUUUGAAGCUCAGCAAUAUAAGUUAAAAGUGGAAAGACAAUUGGGUCUUCGUCCACCUUCUACUGAGCCACAUCCCAACGGGAGAGAAAAGCUACAAAGCCACAGGGAGAAGACUCAACUCCAGGAGCUUCGGUACAGGAAGAACAGAAUGAAGGACCAGGAAUAUUGGAGACAGCUAGAGGAAAUCCGCCAACAGUACCACAGCGACAUGAAGGAAAUUAAAGAGAGGAUGGGGAGAGAGCUGAAGGAGAAUGCAGACCUCAGUCAUAAAACCUAUUUGGUGAAGAGGAGUCACCUGCCCUCCCACCCUGACGCAGCUGAGGAAGAAGCCUCGAUACAGAGAGGGGUAAAGUUUGAAAUUAGCCUAAAUAAGUGUAUUUCUGAAGAAGAUACCGUCCAAGAGAACGAGGCAAUGGAAAAACCAAAUGAUACCUUGGGCUUUGAAGAUGGCAUGCCGUUUCAGGAGUGCAGAGCUGUAAAGGAGCGUGAAAAUUACACAGACAGAGCCUUUGAAGAGCUCUGUGGCCCCGAAGCAGAGGGUCUCUUUCAGGAUGUCAUUGCUGUAGAGAACAGGAGGCAGUGGGAUGCCAGAGCACCUCAAACUCUGCUGCAGAUAAUGGCAACAGCAGAUAUCACCUCCCCCUGCCCCACUAUGCCUGAUGAUGGCCAAGUUAUUGUGAUGGAAGGUGGUCCAGAAAAUGGGAAGCCGUGGUGGUGUGAUGUGCCAGGGACCCUGAGUGCUUUGACAGCAGCACAUGCCUGCAGUAGCCCAUUGUCUGCCAGCGGAGGGGAACCUGUAGUAAUGGUAAAACCACAGCUUCCUCAAGAAGACCAGGACGAGGCAGAAAUAGCUGUGGGCACUGUAGUGGAUGAUGAACAAUUGGAACCACGAUUGGAUGGUGAUAUAAACUUUGAAGAAUCUGAAGAUGAGUUGAGAAGUGAAAUAAUAGAAUCCCUAGAAAAACUUGCAACUUCCACAGAAGAAAGGGAAGAGGCUUCCAGAUCCUCUAAGAAUGCUGAAAAGCCAGGAGAGAAAGAAAGCAUAAACUUGCCAGUCUAAAAACUCCAGCAAAGGUCUGGAAGCUGGUUUUGGCCUAUCUAAUCUGUAUUGCUAAGGCUACAGUUCAUCAAAUGCCAGUCAAAAUGUGCAAGCAUGGAUACUUUUCUCAUUGCCGGGGAUUCAUGUCCUUAAAGAAAAAUCCACUCUUACUGAUUUUAUACACUUUGCCCUGAUGAUGCUCUCGAGGGACAACUCUGAUGA